AGCUCAAUAAUAUUAAUAAGAGUAACAAUAAAUUGAACAGCUAUGCAAGCUCUAGUGAACGCCUUCUUGCGCUUUCUCUCCUUCCUGCUUCCUCCCUCUUGGCUCCAGCUUGCGUUUCGCUGGUGGGUUGGGGGAGACGAGUGCGGAGGCUCUCCGUGGCCCAAUCGCGGUGCGCCUUUCUCGCGCAGAAAGCCUCUUAUUGCGCACGAGGAAGUGACAGCGCGAGGCGACUCCCGUCCUCCCGGUCGCGUCUCGCCCGCCGCCGCUGCUCCUACGCCCUCCGCCGCCGCUCCACCUCCAUCUCCUCCCGCGGACGGACCGGGGUUUCCGUGGCGCCGAAUCCGGGAAGCCGCGGAGCUCGUCUUUUCGGAGCGCGGGUGCCGAGAAGCGAGAAGCUCGCCGUCGCCGUGCGAUCGACCCGGAGGAGGAGGAGGAGCCGCCGCCGAGGACACCGAAGCAGCACCGUGUAGAGCGCGCUGGUCCGCCACGGUCAUGAGCGCGGCUACGGAGCUGUCGAACCCGGUGGAGGUCGUGGGCUCCACCGCUAUUGCCGCCUCCGGCUUCCAGGAACAACGUCUGCGCGAGAUGGGGACUCCGGUAACCAUCACUGUGGCCAUCCAGGCGGCGGAGGACGAGGAGCCCGACGAAGAGGAAACGAUUAACAGCGAAGACGAAAUAGUGAGGCACGAUAAAUCAAGUGGUGCUGGCACUAGUGGCGGAGAGCUCGAGGAGGAGAGCUGGCAGCCCCCGGACCCUGAACUGACCCAGAAGCUCAUAGCUCAGAUAGAGUACUACCUGUCCGAUGAAAACCUGGAACACGACGCUUUCUUGCUCAAGCACGUCCGGCGCAAUAAACUCGGCUUCGUCAGCGUCAAGCUGCUUACGUCUUUCAAGAAGGUAAAGCACUUGACAAGAGACUGGAGGACGACAGCAUAUGCACUGCGCCAUUCCAACCUGUUGGAGCUGAACGAAGAAGGUCGGAAAGUUCGCCGCAGGACGAGCGUACCGGUUUUUGCCAGCGAGUCUCUGCCGAGCCGCAUGCUGCUCCUGAGUGAGUUGCAGCGCUGGCCCGAGCUAGGUGUGGCUUUGGCAGGUGAGGGUGGGGCUGGAGAUGGGAGCCCUGGGGCAAACCCUGCCCAGCAGGAGCGGCUCAUGGAACUCCUGCUCAAGGCCUUUGGUACUUAUGGUCCGAUCGCCUCAGUCCGUGUGCUGAAGCCUGGCAAAGACCUGCCACCUGAUCUAAAGAAGCUGAGCGGGCGCUACUUGCAACUGGGCACUGAGGAGUGCGCCAUUGUUGAGUUUGAAGAGGUGGAGGCGGCUGUAAAGGCGCAUGAAGCAUAUGCAGGCCAGCAGGGAGACGGGAAGGGCUCAAUGGGGCUGAAGGUGGUGCUGAUUGGCACCAAACCACCUAAAAAGAAGGUACUCAAGGAGAGGCAGCGGGAGGAGAAUGGAAAUGGGGGAGGAGGAAUACGCAAGAGCCGAUCGCUGAACAGCCGUGUACGUGAGCUUCAGUAUCACGGAGAUGACUCCGCUUGCAGCUCCUCUGAAACAGAAAGCAACCCAACCUCACCUCGACUCGGUCGCAAGUCACGUUCGUGCAACAAGCUGAGCCCUGGGGGCUUCUUAAGCCCGGCCGUGUCUCCACGCUCCAGCCCAUGGAACAGCCCACGAGCCAGCCCUUGUUCUCAACGCAAAGCUGCUCCUAAUGCCCGCUCACCCCUGGCCAGUGAGGGCAGGUUGAGCCCUGAGGCUGGGCGCCGCUGGGCUGAUUAUUCCUCGGACAGCAGCUUGACUCCUUCAGGAAGCCCAUGGGUACAGCGCAGGAAGCAGGUUGCCAGUCAGGAGAGCAGCCCAGUGGGAAGCCCCAUGCUGGGAAGAAAGAUCCAGAAUGCAGACGGCCUCCCCCCUGGUGUUGUGCGUCUGCCCAGGGGUCCGGACGGCACACGUGGGUUUCACGCGGUCUUGGUGGCAGAACGGGGCAAAACCGCAGCCACUCAAACCUGACUUGAACCAGAGGGAGCUUCACUUCUCCCAAAACGGCAGCACUGAACUAUAGCAGUGAGGUUUAUCCAUCGUACACCACACUGCCAUCAUGGUGAAGUGACAUUCUGCAAAAAUGGACUACUGGUUACUGUUACACAUUCUGUCUGAUUUUGUCUUUGUAAAAAAUUUUUUUUCCUUUUAAUAAGGAUAUUUUGGGUUUUUUUAUAGACAUUCAGACUUGGUAUUCUAAAAAAAAGUUAAAUCACUUAAUAUAUACAAAAGAAAUUUAAAUUUUUGUGGCCAGUGUUGUCCAGACAUGUGGAUUUGUCAGAUCACUUAAUGCCUUGUUGCGCGCACACAAAGCAGCAAUGAGACUAAUUUUGUGGCCAUAGUUUAUUUCCUGGAAAUGGGCUUGAUAGUAAUCACUUAAGAACAUGGCUGUCUUUCGUUUUAUUUUAGGUUUUAAUUUAAAUUUUUGUUUAUUUUUUUUCUGGACUAUUUUGUUCUUUUUAAGGGAUUACUAUUUUAGCAGGGAUGUGGUUCAUAGUAUUCGAAUCCUAUAAAAAGCCCUAUCUGUUUUGUUCCAGUGUUGCCCAUAAGGGAUGGGUGUAGUGAGGCUCCAGCUUGGCUCAGGCGUGUAAAUAUGCUUUGCUUUUUGCCUUUACAGUCGAGUGAAGGCAAAGUACUGCACAUUUCAUACUGUACAAAAUAAAUCACUGCAAUGACAUUCAUCUGGUGUUCAUUGCGCCUACUAAACUUCA